UUGGGCAGUAGAAGUAAUAGUUGGGACAUUAUUUUUAUCAACUUGGGUAAAUCUUAACGAAGUCAAAAUGGCUGCCUCCGCAAAUAAAUCGGUUCUUUUCGUCUGCCUAGGCAAUAUAUGCCGUUCCACAAUGGCUGAAGCUAUGCUGAAGCAUGAGUUGAAAGCGAGAGAUGUGAUGUCGGAGUGGACUGUGGAUAGUGCGGCGACAUCCACGUAUGAGAUUGGCAAUGAGCCAGAUGAUCGGGGGAAUGAUUUGUUGCAAGAGAAUGGCAUUGAGAAAAACAGGCACAGGGCAAGGCAGAUUACAAAGCAAGAUUACACCAAGUUUCACUACAUUUUUGGAUUUGAUGAUGACAACUUAAGCAUCUUAAACCAACGCAAGCCAGCAGGGAGCACCAGCCUCGUCAGACUCUUGGGUGAUCUAGAUCCACAAAAGGAUCGCAUCAUUGUGGACCCCUACUACUACGACAAGGCCGCCUUUGAGAAGGUGUUUGUUCAAAACAAACGAUGCCUGGAGGCAUUCUUAAAGGAGGUACUGUAAGAAUCUCAGAGAUGCAGUAGAAGCUACAGUGAAGAGAGAGCGUCUCAAUGUGUCGACUCGGUCACAUUUCAAUUGGGUAAAAACGUUUGUCGUGGCCGAGCGAGCGAAUAAGAAAAAACAAACCCAAGCUCUGUUGUAUCUGUUUAGUAGAGUGUGGGUUAAAGUCUCGCUUGUGACACUUGUGUCCCUAAGCAAGACACAUAAUUGCUUCUCUCCACCCAGGGGUAAAUGAGUGCCUGAUUGAUUCAGCUUAGUAGCGCAUAUUAUUUAUUGCACAGGCUGUGUACUCCCAAGAGAGUUGAGAUGGUUUAUGGAAUGACCAGGAGUAAUAAUGUAAAGGCCUGAAUAAAAAACGAUUAUUAUUAUUAUCAUAUAGAAAGGUUUGCGGUAACACCAUGUAAUGACUAUCUCUAAUGAGUUGG